CUGUGUGUCACAUCAGUCACUCACUGUCUUCUCUUGUGUGCACAUACUUUCUAAUCUGUGCUUGUGUGCGGCAAGCGAAUCAUCAAGAACGUGUUUUCAAGCAUUUUCGUGAAAUUCUAGGAUUGUAAAAUAAAAAUGCCAAAGUACUAUUGUGAUUAUUGUGACACAUAUCUAACGCACGAUUCACCUAGCGUUAGAAAAACUCAUUGUACAGGAAGAAAACAUAAAGACAACGUGAAGUUUUACUAUCAAAAGUGGAUGGAGGAGCAAGCACAACAUCUCAUCGACGCUACCACAGCAGCGUUCAAAGCGGGCAAAAUUGCUCAAAACCCGUUCGGAACUAAGGGAGCAGCUAUACCUCCACCUUGGGAUCCUUCUGUGAUGGGUCCUGGUGGUCCCAGGCCGCCUGUUCCUGCGCCGGGAGGCCCACCGGGCAUGUUACCACCGCCUGCUAUGGGCCCAGGAGGACCGAUGGCUCCACCGAUGAUGAUGGGGCCUCAUGGACCUAUGCCGCCAAUGAUGGGAAUGAGACCAAUGAUGGGACCUAUGAUGGGGCCGAUGGGCCCCAUGGGACCUAUGGGUCAGAUGAGACCACCUCUAAUGAAUGGACCUCCUAUGAACAAAUAGUGAAAGUGUGUGAAAUUGUGUUCUGUACUAUGGUAAAAAAAUACCAUGUCAUGUUUGAGAAAUACCACAUUCAAUGGUAAUUAACAUAGUCAGGUCUACUAUUUGUGUUAUUUUGUUAAAAUAUCUUGAAUACUGGAUUUGACUAAGUUAAAAUAUAUUGUCAUUAUAGUUGUAAUGGUACCUAAUUAAUUUUAUUAUACUUUAAGAUCACUCCUGUCAGAUUAUUAAAUGAAGUUGUGUUCUCCGGAAUUGAUAUUAGUUUGAUGAUUUAUAUAAAAAAUACUUAACCUCUCAGCCCCCAAGCGGUAGCCGGCUACCACGUAACAAUUGAUUAUCUAUUUUGUCUGGAUUCAUGGAGCUUGAAGGAUUAAGAGAAGUAAAGUGUAACAAAUUUUUCAUUUUGUUUUGUUGUGUCAACCUGUGGAAUAUCAAUUUACUGCAAGUAUUGAUGGUGUUAGACUGACAAAUUAGUUUUGUAAGACGUUGAAAUCACCAUAUUCGUUGUUAAUAGNCAUCGUCACAUGCCGAAUAAUGUGGUCUUAUUGUGUGAUUGAUUGAUUAUAUAUUUUUAGAAUAAGGUAGUUUUACUAAGUAAUGUAAAAUAAAUACAUUUUUCUAAAAUAAA